GUCUGAUCUGUGACAUGACCAUGACAGACUAGUCUGUCUGUGAGUGAACUCGAACGAAAGAAAGAAAUAUAUACGAAGAAAGUUUUUUUAGUUCUCACAUUGUUUUUCUUUAAAAAUAUUAUAAGCAGGCUGAUUUUAUAUUAUCUUUACUCUGUUAACUGUAAAUACUUUGAGUGGAACCUAUAAAUCUGUAAAGUGCACUCUUCUGACUAAUAAAUUUGAUAACAAAAAACGACGUUCAUCAAACUGAGAUUGUUAGAAAACUUGUCCACUAAAUAAUGAUACCCCGGUUUUGUUCGUGACCUGUAAUCUCUAAUCGAAGUUAUUUCACAGAUAUUUCUGGAGGUGGAGGGGCAGCGGGUGAUGGUGCGAUGGCGUCGCGGCGCGUGACGCGCAAGUGGGAGGUGUUCGCCGGGCGCAACCGCUUCUGGUGCGACGGCCGCCUCAUGACGGCGCCGCACCCCGGCGUGUUCGCGCUCACGCUGGCGCUCAUCUGCGGCACGUGCGCGCUGCACUUCGCCUUCGACUGCCCCUACCUGGCGGCGCGCGUGUCGCCCGCGGUGCCGGCGGCCGGCGGCGCGCUGUUCGUGUUCACGCUGUCGGCGCUGCUGCGCACGGCGCUCAGCGACCCCGGCAUCAUCCCGCGCGCGGCGCCGCACGAGGCGGCGGCGCUGGAGGCCGGCUGUGAGCCGCCGGGCGCCGGCGCCGGCCGCCCGCCGCCGCGCGCGCGCGAGGUGCUGGUCCGCGGCCGCCCCGUCAAGCUCAAGUACUGUUUCACCUGCAAGAUGUUCAGGCCGCCGCGUGCGUCGCAUUGUUCGCUCUGCGACAACUGCGUGGACCGCUUCGACCACCACUGCCCGUGGGUGGGCAACUGCGUGGGCAAGCGCAACUACCGUUACUUCUACACGUUCGUGGUGUCGCUGUCGUUCCUGGCGGUGUUCGUGUUCGCGUGCGCGGUGACGCACCUGGCGCUGGAGGCGCGCGGCGCGGGCUUGGCGGCGGCGCUGCGGUCGUCGCCCGCGUCCGCGGUGGUGGCGGCCGUCUGCUUCCUGUCCGUGUGGUCGGUGCUGGGGCUGGCCGGCUUCCACACGUACCUGGCGUCCACGGACCAGACCACCAACGAGGACAUCAAGGGCUCCUUCUCGUCGCGGCGCGGCGUCUCCAACCCCAACCCGUACUCGCGCGGGAACGCCUGCGCCAAUUGCUGGCACGUGCUCUGCGGUCCACUCGCGCCCAGCCUCAUUGACCGUCGCGGCGUGUUCACGAUCGACUUGAAGGACGAGCUGCCGCCGGUGUUCGCGCGAGCGGUGGCCCCUCCCCCCGCCGCGUCCGCCGCCGCCCCUGCCACUGCCCCCGCCCCCGUCCCCGCCCCCUCCCUCGCCUCGGCCGCCGCCCACGCCCCCGCCCCCGCCCCCGCGGACGGCAUUCCCCUCGCGCUCGCCGUCACCACGCCACCGAGACCUGCAGCCGCCUCCCCUGACGACGGCAGCUACCGCAAUCUGUUCGGCGGCGGGUACCUGAACCGCAGCCUGGAGCCGGAGCUGCCGCUGGUGGCGGCGGGCGGCGCGCUGUCGGCGUCGCGGCUGCGGCUGCUGCACGACACCACCAUGAUCGACGCGGCGCUGGACCUGGACGAGCCGGAGCCGCCGCCGCACCUGCCGACCGCGCUCCGCGCCGCGCUCUGACACCACGCCCUUCACGCCCUUCACGCGCCCGCCUCUCCUUGUACAUAAUAUUA